AAAAGCAAAAACAGCAAAAAAGGAAGAUGGCAAGACUAUUGUUACUUUUCCUCCCAGGUCUUGUGGCCAUAUGUGCCGUGCAUGGAAUAUUUAUGGACAGACUUGCUUCCAGGAAGCUGUGUGCAGAUGACGAGUGUGUCUAUACUAUUUCUCUGGCCCGAGCUCGAGAAGAUUACAGUGCCCCAGACUGUAGAUUCAUUAACGUUAAAAAAGGGCAGUGGAUCUAUGUUUACUCAAAGCUGGUAAAAGAAAAUGAAGCUGGAGAAUUUUGGGCUGGCAGUGUUUAUGGCGAUCAACCUGAGGACGAGAUGGGAACUGUGGGUUAUUUCCCCAGCAACUUGGUCCAGGAGCAACAUGUGUACCAAGAAGCCACCGAGGAAGUUCCCACCACGGAUAUUGACUUCUUCUGCGAGUAAGAAGUUAGACAAAUUUGCAGAUAGAAAGGAAACACCAAAAACAAAGAAAAAAGCGAAAAUAACCAAAAAAUACAUGUUCCUAAUUUCUGACUUUUGUUUCAAGGGUUUGGCUUGGGGCUGGAG